UGGCAUUAUGAAGCCUGGAAUGAAUGCCAUUUUAGGACUAACCGGAAGUGGUAAAACCUCACUCCUUGAUGUACUUGCGGGGUGGAAGGACCCGAAGGGGCUUAGAAGUGGACAAAUCUUCAUGGAUGGGAAGCCAGCAAACUCACAGUUUCACCUAUGCUCUGCCUACAUAGUACAGGAGGAUAUUCUGAUGGGAACACUCACUGUCCGUGAGAACCUUCAGUUCUCUGCCAGCUUGCGCCUCCCACAGAGCCAGAACAGUGAAGCAGAAAAGCAGCUGAAGGUCAAUGCAGUGAUACAGGAGCUGGGGCUACAGGAGUGUGCUGACACCAAGAUUGGCACUGAGUUCUUGCGUGGUGUCUCAGGGGGUGAGAAGAAGCGGUGCAGCAUUGGCAUGGAACUAAUCACUGCACCUUCACUGAUAUUCCUGGAUGAGCCAACUACGGGACUGGAUGCCAACACAGCUAAUUCCAUCAUGCAGCUGCUGCACCAACUCUCCAGGAAAGGAAGAACUGUGAUUUUCUCUAUUCACCAGCCACGUUAUUCCAUCUUCCGUCUGCUUGAUCAUCUAACGCUGAUGAACAAGGGAGAAAUAAUGUAUGCAGGACCAGCCGAAGAGUCCACUGGCUAUUUCAACAGUAUAGGUUACCAGUGUGAAGCAUUUAACAAUCCUUUGGACUUCUUCCUGGAUGUCAUUGGUGGAGAGAUCAUGCAGUCCCAGCCUAAUCCAGAGUUAGCCUCAGUGAGAGAUUCCGAUUCUCAUAGCAGCUCUUGUAGUGACAAGAAUCCACUGCCCAUCUACUACCACAAGUCCCGCUACUAUGAGCAGCUGCAGGAAGAGUUGGAAAACCUACAGUCAUUCAAGAGCCACCUCAGUGAUGCAGUUCCAACAAAAGCCACCUAUGCCACCUCAUUCUUCCACCAGCUGUAUGUUGUGAGCAAUCGCAAUGUGAAGAACAUCCUGAGGAAUCCUCAGACAUCCAUUGGUCAGCUCCUUUUGGGCACUUUCUUCUCUGUGUUGGUGGGGCUCAUUUUCUACCAAGUACCUGCCACUCUACCUGAAGCCUUUCAGAACAGAUUGGGAGCUUUCUUCUUCCUGGUCAUCAAUCAGGUCUUUGGGAAUCUGUCUGCAGUGGAGCUCUUCAUCAAUGAGAGAAAACUCUUCAUUCAUGAGAGCUCCAGGGGAUACUACAGGACCUCAGCAUAUUUUCUGGCCAAGGUGUUUGCUGAUCUGAUUCCCAAUCGUAUCAUCCCCUUGUUGAUGUUCUCUGGCAUAUCGUACUUCAUGAUGGGUCUGAAACAGGAUGCAGGAUCUUUCUUCCUGUAUGUUCUUUCCCUCAGUCUGACAAAUCUGGCAGCUGUGAGCAUGGCCUUCCUGGUGAGCGCCAGCGUCAGCACCUUCGCCAUCGCUAAUGUCUUAAUCGCACUGCCCUUCGUCUUCAUGAUGGUCUUUGGUGGGUUCCUUGUAAACCUGAACUCCAUGCUGAGUUGGCUGUCCUGGAUCAAAUGGAUCAGCAUCUUCCAUUAUGGAAUGAAUGCCCUGACCAUCAAUGAGCUCCAAGGAGCAGUUUUCUAUUUGAACUCUUCCAUGGUCCCUGGAGAGGUGUACUUGCAACAGCAAGGCAUCAACUACAGCACCUGGGGCUUGUGGGAGAAUGAGGUUGCUCUCCUGUGCUUGUCACUUGCAUUCCUGUUCUUUGCCUACAUCCAGCUGUUAAGAGUGAAUCGCUGGAAGUAAACUGGGCAAUUUCCAGUUAUCAUCCACCAGGGCAGCAGCCAUGCAGAGUUCACUUUGUCCCCUCCUACCAGUAUAGUCUUGAUUUUGGAUACCUCCUGAUUUGUGCGGUUCUUCCCUUCAACCACCAGAAGGCUGUAAAUACAAAGUUAAUUUGACCAAGACUGACAGAUUGGAAAGUGUCGACAGAUGUGUAAAAACAUUCAUUAAAUACAAAUGUAUUUUACCUUUUAAUGUAGAAAAUGGUCAGAUACACUCAUAACAAUCCAUGGCCCAUACUAAUCAGCUAACCUCACACAAAGUGUGGUGAACAGAAUGCAAGAUAGUUUUCUGCUAAAACAUAGGACAAGCCACUAACCCAUUAGUUAAAGAGAAUUGUCUCUAGCUACCAAUAAUUAUUCUUUCCUUUCCAUCCUUACUACACAAAUUCUUGAUUAUGCUUUGGUCAUCAUUUGCUAUGACUACCCCAACUUCCACUUUUCUGGCCAUCCCACAUCUCAGGUCAUCACUAUCUAUGCAAAAUACCCCAAGCAUCCUUAUAUCAAUUUACCGCUUCAAAACUCUGUUCUGGCUGUGAUGCUGGCAGACCAGGGGCCAGCAAACACCAUGGUCCCCAUACCUCAAUUGAAUACUGACAAAUACAUAGUUGAAAUCAGUCUGGCUCACCUGUGUGUUUGUAUUGUUAAAAUAGGUAUUAGAAUUAUAAGAAUGACUUUAGACUUUAUAGAAUGCUUGUGAGUUGCUGCAUGCAUUAAUCUCACUUAAAACAUCUGUAUCCCAUAUUGUACGGUAAUAUUUGAGCAUUUGCACUGUAAGCCCCUGUAACUGUGUAAAUCAUGAAAUAGGAGAGAGACAUUAACUAGUGUGAAAUGCUAGUCUCCAACAGAAGGUGUUAUGCCCUGCCCAACAAAGAAGGCCAUCAGGGCCACCCAGAGGAUUCAGGGGACCCGGCGC